AUGGAUGCAACAGGGGCAAGCUACACCAUCAUCGAAGAUCACAUCAUACCCGAAGGUGUACUCCUGGCUGUUUUGGCGCCGUUGUUCUUGAUCCUCAACUUUCCACCGUUGAUAUGGCAUCUCCGCAACCGCAAUGCAGCAGCUGUGUUUAUGGUCUUUUGGAUCAUGCUGAUGAAUUUUAUCAGCGUCAUCAAUGUCAUCAUCUGGCCAUACAUCGACAUGCGUGACAUGUAUGAUGGUCAAGGUCUCUGCGAUGUCGAGGUCAAGCUGUUGGGUGGUCGUAUCACUGGACUUGAUGCUGCAGCUUUGUGUCUGUUGCGAGCUCUUGCUUCCGUAUUGGAUACCGACAAAGCUUUGCUGGGCCCUUCCAAGGCACAGAAGAGAAGGAAUACGGCUGUUGAGCUGGCUUGGUGUGUCGGUCUGCCACUUCUGACUAUGAUUCUCCAGUACAUUGUACAGCCGAAUCGCUUUGCACUGAUUGGAGUGUCUGGCUGUCAGUUGAUGAGCUACAACAGCCAGAUCAGUUUCGUUCUCAUCUGGCUAGCGCCCAUGAUAACUAAUGCUGUGGCUGUAUACUACGCAACCAUCGUCAUCAUCCGUCUCCACAAAUACCGCUCCUCCUUCGACAGCAUCCUCGCCAGCAGCAACACAACACGCAGCCGCUUCUUUCGCCUCUUCGCCGUCUCUUCAAUCCUCAUCCUCGGCAUCACUCCCGUGCAAAUCUACAUCAUCGUCACCCAAUACCCACACCAAACCCUUCCUUUCAAUUUUUCCACCGUCCACAACCCCACGACGUGGAAUUCGUCAAUUGUGAUGCCUUCUUCUGUUCUUUAUGAUCGUUGGCUAAACCUCGCGUGUGGCUUUUUGGUGUUUUUGUUUUUUGGGUUGGGGGAAGAUGCCAAGAAUAUGUAUAGAGAGUGGUUGCUUAAAGUAGGGUUGGGAAGGGUGUUUCCAGUUUUGGAGGCAAAGAGUGGAGAGGGGUCGAGGAGGGGAGAGGCAUCCACUGAUAACAGCAGAGUGCCUUUGAGAAAGAAUGGUUCGUGGAUCAAGACGGAAAGUUCUCAAGCUACGUGCUCUAGAGUCUCGACAUCGCCUAUUGUCUCUCGCUUCAACGAUGCAGUUCCUCCUUCCUCGCCUAAACGUCCUCUGACAGCGUUUCUUCGCCGCUUCGACCCUAGACGCCGACUCGAGCACCCAGGCGCAAACUACCAAUUACCAGUCUUCUCGCACCGGCGCCAGAUCAGUGAUGGAGAUGAUCGGGGAGUGUUGGUCAGCAAGGAAAUCAAAAGGGAGAGUACCGUUGCAUGA